AUGGAAGACAAUGAAAGUUUGAGUCUGACCGUUUCCAAAUUGACCAAAGCCAUAGAUUUUCGUGUAUCUGAAUUGUCGGAAGAAUCAGUGAAACGUGUUGCAGAAACUGGAAAAGCGCGUCUGCAUGACUAUCUCGAUGUACACAACAGACCAGUGCUAAUAGUGGAAGCAUCCAAGCAUCUACCAGGGGAGUACGAACCUAAUGAAGACGAGAGUCUGUGUGUUUUCUUGAUUGAGAAGGCACUAAGCAAACUCCCCGAGGGGCAGCAACAAGUGGUCAUCUUAAUUGAUCUCCGUGGGUUCCAGACGCAAAACACUGAUCUUAAAUUCUUAACAUUUGUGUUUGACGCGUCCUACUGCUACUACCCGAGGCGAUUGGGUCAAGUCCUCUUCGUAGAUGCUCCUUUCAUAUUCAAGCCAUUUUGGCAGCUAGUUAAGCCUUUGCUCAAAUCAUAUGCCUCUCUUGUGAGAUUUUGCUCCGUGAAAGAGGUUAAAGAAGAGUACUUCACAGCAGACACUAUUCCUACUAGCUUCAGAUAGUGAAGAAGUGAAGCUUGAGAGUUUUCAUUGCUUACACAAACAAAUGGUUUGAAUCAAUCACUUUUAUUGCAAUUUUCCUCUGCUGUCCCUUGAUAUUUCCGAUGUGAUUCGUAAUGAAAUAUUCGGUAGAGGGGAUCUCUAUCCGACUUAUAAAAUCGCGUUUUGAUUUCGUCUAUCUUGUAUAUAUAUUAGGGUAAUGUAAAACUCAUAAACAGAUGAAGGUCUUUUAAUUGUGGAUUGUUGAAA